AUGCAGUUGACCACGCUAAUUGUGCUCGCGCUCAGCUCAACGCUGCAGCUGAUGCGGCCGGCUAUUGCCUCGACGACCCGUGCGCCCAAUCCCCUGAUUCUGCCAACUAUUCGGCCGGUGUGCCUGCUGCCGCCUGUCUGUGCUGCGCGCAGUCCGCGCGUUUGUGGACGCCUUGCCAAUGGCAUGUGUCGUCGGUUCAGGAACAUUUGCGAGCUGCUCGAUGUCAACCGUCGGGAUGUGAGCGCCAGCAACAAGCUGACCUACACACACACGCAGGAGCGGGAUUGUCGACGGGUGCGCAACGUGGGCGCCGCGCUUGCGAACUGGUGCCAUCAGGACUGCCCCCGGCGGCCAGUCGCCUGCCGACGCACGCCGCGUGCCGAGGAGAUUUGCGUGCGCUCACGCAACCUCAAGUUGUGCAAGGUGUUGGCCAACCGCUGCCAGCUUCUGAACAACAACUGCCACACGCGUCCACGCAACAAUUGGCUGCCGGCACAGAGACGCCUUUGCGGCCAAAUGCAGGUUGGCGAUAAGGCGCGCGCUUGCCGGACUCUGCUGCCCACUAAUGGACCCGAUGUGACCAUUAGCCCACCCGUGCUGCCACGCCCGCCAACUUCGACGACCCGCAGACCUCUUUCAAACGGCACUGUUACAGCUGGUUAA